AUGGAAGAUAAAGGCAAGGGCAAGAAGAUUGAAGUAAGUCCCAUGAGCAGUAAAUCGAGGUGGGAUACAAUACUUGGGUUCAUAACGAGUUCAGAUGAUGAUGCUUUCUUGAAGAAAUUAACAGAGGAAAAGGAAAAAAGAAGAAGAAAAAAUAAAGAUGAAGAUUACGAAGAUAAACAGAUUCUUGAAUUUAAGAAGAUGGGUUUAAGUUCGCUUGAAGGCGUAAAGUGUUUUGUUCAAAGGGAGAUGGAAAUGGAAAUACCAGACUUAAAUAAACCACCACCAGCAGGAUCAUUACUGAAUGAGGUUGAAGGUAGCUGCAGCAGCAGAACGGUUGAGGAAGAAGGAUUCAUUCCCUGGAAGACCCAUAUUCCAAAAAAGAAAAGAACAAUGCCCAGAGAGGAGGAUGAGGAGGAGGUUUCUAGUUACAUUCAGAAGAAGACCAAUAAUACCUCCUUUCAAUGUCUUCAAGGGAGUUCGUCUACAUCAAUGAAGCGUCAAAAAGUUGAAGAACACCGGGUUGUACACGUCCCUCACCAACUUAACCAAGAUCGUCAGUACUAUGAUCAAAUAACGAAGAAGAUCAAGAAACCGCAGGGCGGAGGGGUUCAGACUGCACAGUUGAUUCCUGAUCACAUAAAAGAAGCAAUCGAUGAAGUUGAUGGUACAAAUAUAACGUGGUUGACGGAGAAAGUUCUAUACCAGAGUGACAUUCGAACGACCCAGAAUAGGCUAUCUCUGCCAACUGAUUGUUAUGCCUUGUUAGAUAGCAUCAUGACAGAAGAUGAAAAGAUGAUAUAUGAUGUAUCAUAUAAUAAGAAAGGAUUGAAAACUAGAUUGAUUGAUCCAAUUCCAAGAGUUUGGGAUAUUGAUUUCAAGUACUGGCCUAGUCUUGGAAACAGGGUUUUUACAGGUAACUGGAAUAAAUUGGUUGCCGAAUUGGCAUUAGUUCCUGGAUGUAAGGUGCAAAUCUGGUGUUUCCGUAUACCUGCUGGUCCCGAACCGGAACUUUGCUUUGCCAUAAACAUUGUCAGACCCCAGCAAAAGCAGCAUCGGGACCAGAAAGUUGGAGUACUGAAAUUUUGA